AUGGCCGACCAACGACCCUCUCCCCUCGCCUGUGUACCCUGUCGUCGUCGCCAUGUCAAAUGCGACGCUCGCAUGCCCAUCUGCACCCGUUGUCGCAAUAGCAACAGUGACUGUCACUAUGUUCGUUCACGGCGCGGCUUACGGAACAGAUCUAGUCCUGAUCCACCCCCGGGCGAUGUCGAUCUCCUCCCAGACUUUACCACCUGGCUAAACAACACCAUUGACUUAGAUCCAGAGCUACUCGGCCUCGACCCCAGCAUCGAUGUCAAUGGCGAUGUUCACUCCGAUCCCAUCCCGGACUUUCCUCCGUCACCACCAGCAUACACUCCCACAGUCGCGGAGUCUGAGCCCCUUGCCCAUGAUGCCAUGAUUCAGCUCUAUUACCAUCACUUUCAUCGCUCGCAUCCCAUCCUCCUGCCCCGGCGCAGUCUUGCUUCGUCGCUAUGCCAGCACAUCCCAUCGUACAUCACGCAUAUCAUGCGUUACAUCGGCAGCCACUACUAUCCCCAGCCAGGAUUCAGCGAUACCUUCCAAGCGCCCGCCUACACGGCCCUUUCCGCCCCAAACGACGGAUUCAAGGUCCAGGGGUUACUUCUUCUCGCUAUCAUUGAGCACUCCUACGGACAUGAAGAGACGGCCCGUAAGCUCCUCAAAGAUGCGAUUCAAUUAGCAUGCCACCUCGACAUGAUCAACCCCUCUUUCGCACGUAGCCACUCUCGCGGCAGUCCUGUCCUCGAAGAAAGUUGGCGACGCACCUACUGGGAACUCGUCGUUGUGGAAGGGCUCGUGUCCGCUUUUGGCGGCGGGCCCAUCCUGCCCAGUUACAAAUGGAUCAACGACGAAAUGCAGCUUCCCUGCGACGAAAAGGCAUAUAAUUUCGAGCAACUCAAACCCCCCAAACCAUCCGCCACCCUCUCAACCCUCCUAGAUCUCGACCUCCACCACAUCUCCCCCUUCACCUACCGCAUCCUCGCAACGCAAGAACUCCGCGCCGUCCUCCAAGUCACACAAUGCCUCGACCCCGACACCGAACUUCAAACCGAAACAUUAGACGCCCGUCUCGCCACCUCUUUAAUGAGACUUCCCUCAUCCCUACCAGAACACGACACUGCAACCGUCGACGAAAUGGUCUUUCAAACACUAAUGAUAACAUACCUAAGCCUAAUCUACCUCCACCACCCACAUUCCACUAUCCGCCUCGCCUCCUACCACUCCGCCACCACCCUCGCUUCCUCCUCCUCAACAUCAUCCUGCACCCGUCUCCGCACCCUCCAAUCCUUACCCUUAUCCGCGCACAUCCCCCACCACGACUCUCCCGCCUCUAACACCCACUCCCACAAACUCCUCCGCGCCGCAGAUCUCCUCUCGAACCUUGCUACGCUCCCUAGCACGGUCCUCUCCCGAACGCCGUUCUUCACCUGCGCUCUUGCCAUCGCUGCGGUGGUCCAUGUAGCCUCCUUGACGGGCGGACCUCCGUCUUCUCUGGCGAUCAAGUACGAGGGCGAGACGGGAGCUGGGAAGGAACAGUCACUGAAAGCGAGGAUUGAGUUAGGGUACACGAUAGACAAAUAG